AUGAACACUCCAAUCAAACUUGCCUUUCUCUUCUUAUCCGUGGCCGCUACCGCUGCCGCAACCGCUUCACCAGCCAAACGCACUAACUACCUAUUCACACCGCACGCAAAAGCAGUCGCGGGAAUAUGCACCGUAAUCCAAUCAGACACAAGUUUAUGUUGCAAAACCCUUAAACACGUUCCUACCGAUGAUCCCAUCGAAUUAAUCCGAUCAUUAGCGGUUGCGGCCGAAACGUCCGUUAAACAAAGCGUGACUUUCCUCAACGAAAUCAAACCAAAACACAAAUCCAACGCAAUCGCAACAACCGUUGUCAACAGUUGCGAGAAAAACCUAAACUACGCAUUGGAAGAUUUCGCCGAUUUUUGGAAAGCUACGGGAAAAGAUGUUACGACGUUGGCUCAUAAUUAUUUCACGUGUAAGAAGACGUUGAUGUCAAUCAUGGGGUAUCAUUCGACUUGUUUGGAUGAUAUUGAAGACAAGAAUUUGUUGAAGGAAGUGGAGAAUGGGAUUGGAGUUGGGAAGAAGCUAAGCAGUGAUUCGUUUGAUGUGUUUAAUAAUUUGAAAGCCAUUUUCAAGACUUUUGGUAUUAAGGUGAAGCUUAACGAGGAAGACACUGCACCCCGACCGCCACCGUUGUCGGAUUAUUAUUACUGA